AUCGCCGUAUUGUUUCAAGUAAAUGAAAAUUGAGAAAGCUUCUUGCAUUAAUAAGUUGAUUGCAGAAUGUUUCGUAAAUUUGUGAAGGACUGGGGAAUAUUUCGACUUGGAAUGUAGUUAGAUUAUUUGAAGUAAUUGUAGUUAUUUCAGGGGUGUGAUUUUUCCUCUUUUCAGAGGAAAUCCUCUGAUAUGCUCAAUUUUUGAAAAAAAGAAACUGGAUUUGAUCUAAGUGGCAGAAAAUAAUAUUUUUCCAGGUGUAAUUGAUCCAUCUGACUUUGACAAACACCGAAUCUCAUACCCUCACAAUUUCUUCAUGUUCACACGACGUCAAUUAAGCCGAUGUCAGCGUCACUGACAGAGGAGGGUCUGGACCAGGCUCUGGUAAUAUCGACUGUCGAGGAGCAGAUUAUUGAGGACCAACAGGCUGCCAAGGAAAUUAUCCUCUGUCCAGAAAUACAGUUUGUGCAGCAGAAAUCUCAGCCAGCGAAGGAGAAGGACAUUGUUAUUUUCCCGAAAUCCAGACAGUACUACGCCAAGAUGUCCUUGGUUGACCUUGGGAAGAGGCUCCUAGAGGCAGCAAAACGAGGCGAGACGGAUGACGUUCGAACGUUGAUGUCGAAUGGAGCACCUUUCACCACUGAUUGGCUGGGUACCUCCCCAUUACACUUUGCUUCCCAGUAUGGUCACCUAGACACAGCGGAGGUCCUGCUGAGGGCUGGAAUCAGUCGGGAUGCACGGACCAAAGUGGACAGGACCCCGCUCCAUGUGGCAUCACAGGAGGGUCACUCCGAGAUAGUGGAACUUUUGGUGCAGCAUGCAGCCGAUGUGGAUGCAAAAGACAUGUUAAAAAUGACCCCUCUCCACUGGGCCACAGAGAAAGGACACGCCCAUGUGAUGGAGGCCCUGAUAAAGCAUGGGGCAGAUACCACAUGUGAAAACAAGUUUGACAGAACCCCUUUGGACAUUGCAAUUGCCAACGGAAGAGCGGACCUAGUCCAGAUACUGCAGCUAGCUCAGCACACUCAUAUAGGAAGCAUGGGUGACGACGAGACUGUUACCAUAGAAACUACGGAAGUGGAUACGGAGAAUGUGGAGGAGACUGUGACGGUGUCUACAGACUUGGAAGGGGAUGGUCAGGAUCAAACCAACUCCUCCGUGUUGGCGACAUUAGCAGCGUUAGCUGAGGCCACUGCUCCAAACACGCAAGUGUCGACGGCAAAUGCAGAUGCCAUGACGUGGCUCGAGAGUCAGGGAAUUACCAUGAUAACCACAACAGAGGGCGGGAUCAUCUCGUCAGCAAUGGAGAGCGGACAGUCCAUCGCUCUGACAGAAGCAGGCAAGAUAGCAUUGACCAACAUAAUCAAACAGCAGGGACUGUCCCCGGGCACGCUGAUUACCCAGGAUUCCGUGCUAUCGGACGAUGCCAUAGUAUCGGACGAUGCCGUGGUUACACAAGAGUCAGCCAUUUUGGGGGCGGGAGAAGUGUUAGAGGAGGACGUUCAACAAGAACUUCAGGAAGGGGAAGAGAGUCAGAAAGUGAUAACAAUCGUGGCCGCCGCGGGACUAGAAGAGAACCAGGAGGGAUUAGGCGAGGUCAUGGUGAUGGGAUCAGGGGACGCUACUGAUGAAGCACUUGAAUCUGCAGAGGAACCACCAUUGAAGAAACUGAAGUCUGAGACAAUAGAAGAAGAGGACACUAGUAUAUACACCAACCCAAUAGAGACAGUCCCCUCAGAGGAGGGAGAUGACCUUGAUAAGGAGAGCUUGCGUCGACAACUGGAAGAAAUGCAGCGACAGGCAGAAGUUUACAAACUGCAGCUUCAGCAAAAAGAGGAGGAGGCCGCCGCCUACAAAAAGAAACUGGACGAGAGCAUCAUCACCGAGGUUUCCACGGAGGAGACGUAGGGGUCAGAGGUCAUACUGUACAGAGAGACGAUGUGUGUGUGUGUUGAAUGGUGAUUUGUAGGAAAUGGUUGUUACACAUUUGUAGCGAGUGUCAUUUGUGAAAAAUUCUGUAAAUCACUAUUUAUUCGCAAAAAAUUGUUAUAUUUCACCUGAAUUUGUGAGUUUGACUCACCACGACGUUAGGAUAUUCAUGACUGAUUAUGUAUAAUAUUAUAUACAUAGUGAUGACCAAACUGAGCAUUGAUAAAAGGCUGAUAAUUCUGAGACGAGACGAGCAUGGAAUUAGUCUUAUGAAAUAAGUGUAAGGUAUAGAGUUCCUUGACGGUGUCAAAAUGACACUGGCAGAUCUGUAAUGAGAAGUAAACUGCUUUAUUUCAGGACAACAGGUGCUUGCAUCCUUAAAACAAUAAGUGUCAAUCUUCCAGUGUGGAUUUUGAAGAAAUGGAUAUUUUUAAUGGAGGAUAGUCUUAUUUUCUGAUGUAGUAGAGGAUGUUUGACUAAGUUGUGCUGAUGAUGAGAGUGGCGACACUGAAUGCGUGUCGUUAAAAGAAUCUGUGUGAAUGGAGUGUUUGUGCCUGAAAGCAUGAUCUCGCUGUAUGUUUUAGAAAAUGUACGAUUUCUGUUCAAAGGGAGAGAACUAGUGUUGACUGAGGGACACAAUUAAUGUAGGUGUUUGUCUUCAUGAAUGAUCAUGGUGACACCUGGAGAAUAGGUCACCAAGAGUGUUUAUCAUUUUAUUCAUAUGUACAUCUUGUCAUUGUUUUUGUUGGUUAUUAUUCAUCCAUGUUGUAAUCACUACAUCAUGUUGAUAACAGAAAUCACAAUGUCAUUUUGUCAAGAUUCCAAAUUCUUACUUUACAAUGUCACACUUGAUUUUUGAAUGACAAUAAAUUGAGUGAAAUGAU